AUGGCGGCACUGUAUAGCCUCCUCCAAGUCAAACCUUCUGAUGCAGAGGCAAUUGCGUGCGGCGUCGAUGUCCCGUCUAUGCUGAAUGGCCCGCUUUUCAGGACCAUGUUCCCCACCUACAGCACCCUGUCGCCAGAGGAGCGAGAUAAGAUCGUGCAGUGGUACAUCGACGGGCUGGAGGACGCCCUGUCGGACCCCGGGGAUGAGUUCUACCUAAAGGUCUGUCGGCGUCGUGGUGAUCAAGGCACCGGCUCCGUCACCGGCGACGAACACCUGCGGCCGCUAGGCUUCUGUGGAUGGGAGGUCAUUGACCACGGCCGCACUCGCGCGAUGCAGACAGCAGAAAAGACGGUAGAUGACUCGGCUCGGCCAGGCGAGCAGGCGCAGAAACAACAGCAACAGCAGGAGGAGGAGGAGGAGGAGCGGCAAAAGGACACCGAGGGGCAGCCUCUCAGCACCGAAGUCAAAGCUAAGAAGCGGCGAGGGAACUAUCUGCCAGAGACACUCGACGUGGACGCCUGGCUGACCCUCUCCAACAAGCUCAGAGCGGAGCGGAACCGGAUACUACAGGGGCGUGGAAACGUAUGUCGCCUGACAUUUAUGGCUGUGCACCCAGACUUUCAGAGGCGCGGUAUCGGGUCGAUGAUGUUGCAGAGUAUCUGUGAUGAGUCGGAUAGGGUCCCCGGGCGCUUUGCAUAUGUCCUUGCUGCACCAGAAGGUGUGCGCCUAUACUCGAGUUUCGGGUUUGAGAUAGUAGGAAAAGUCGAGACGCCCCACGGCAACAUCACGAGCAUGUUGCGGCCGGCUCCUCGGUAA